AUGGAGACGUGCGUGUUGAUUCCGCAGGAGUUUGCGCUAGCCGUGACUGGUUUGGGAGCACGCAAUUCCCGUGAACAAACCGCUACCGUGUGGUCAAAUACAACCAUUCCCCAGGGCACCCUCUGCUAUCCCUUUCAAGGCACGGUGCGCAUCGAUAAAUUGGACGUUUAUUCCACCAUCGAGGAGGACGACAUUCGACACCGGUUCGGCUUGUACGAUGAGAUUACGGCUGUUAACGGACGAACGGUGCGACAUUGCAACUGGAUCCGGUUCCUACGAGUGUCGGAAACGUACGGCCCACAGGUGAACGUGGUGUGCGCCAAGGUGAAAGGUGAACCGAUCUACGAGAUCGUGAAGCCGAUCCCGUCACAUCAGGAGCUCGUGGUGUACUACUUGCCCGAGGGUCCCGAAGAACUCUUCUUCAUACGGAUGCGGAGUCAGCUGUACCGUCAAACGAUGGACUCGAUCCUGGAAGAUUCGCCUCUGGACCUCUCAACAUCGCUCCUUUCGCGGGUGAUGCUGCCGAUCUCACCUUCGUCGGGUGCCGAGGACGAACAUAAGUCGGUGUCGGGCGACGACUCAUCGAUCUCGAUCUCGUCUGGAGCCAGCACUGGUGGAGAUCGGUGCGAUGGAGCACUGGAUCUGGAGCUGGCCGCUAUCUCCACUGGAGGAGGAUCACGUGCUUCACCAAAGGCUCGUCCUUCAGCGCGUUCUGAACGAGCCAUGUUGCCCUGUGAGGUGUGUGGGAAGGCGUUUGAUCGUCCUAGUCUGCUGAAGCGGCACAUGCGCACACACACCGGUGAAAAACCACACGUUUGUGGUGUAUGCGGCAAGGGUUUCAGCACGUCCAGCUCGCUCAAUACCCACGUCAGGAUACACUCGGGCGAGAAACCCCACCAGUGUCAGGUGUGCGGCAAACGGUUCACCGCCAGCUCCAACCUCUACUACCACCGCAUGACGCACAUUAAGGACAAACCGCAUAAAUGCAGCCUUUGCUCGAAGUCCUUCCCGACACCGGGUGAUCUCAAAUCUCACAUGUACGUACACAACGGUUCCUGGCCGUUCAAGUGUCACAUCUGCUCGAGAGGGUUCUCCAAGCAGACGAACCUGAAGAACCAUCUCUUCCUGCAUACAGGUGACAAGCCGCACGUUUGUGAGAUCUGCAACAAGUCGUUCGCGUUGGCCUGCAACCUGAAGGCGCACAUGAAGACGCACGAGGACACCACCUCUAGCCACGAGGGCGAAUCCAACCGCAGCACGCACAGCCACAGCGAGGGUGAGGAGUCGAAUUCGUCACCAUCGUCCCUGCAGGGUAGUUCCAGCGCAUUUGAGAAGGCCGACACCGACCGGCUGGCCAAUUUCUCCAAACACCUCCUGUUCUCGAGCUACACCAAACAGAUGCUGUCCGGAGUUGGCUGA